AUCCACCCCGCCCCGGAGUCCCGGCGCGGCGAGCCCCCCUCCCUCUCCUCCCCGGCCUCCUAGGGUGGCACCUGCGCACACAGGUUCGGCCUGGAGGUUCUGAAGCCGGCAGGCAGGAAUACUGGUGGUCCCAAGCUAAGGAGACUAUGGUUGAAAAUUCACCGUCACCAUUGCCAGAAAGAGCCAUCUAUGGCUUCGUUCUUUUCCUAAGCUCGCAGUGUGGCUUCAUACUCUAUCUUGUGUGGGCAUUUAUUCCUGAGACUUGGUUAAACUCCAUAGGACUAACAUACUGGCCUCAAAAGUACUGGGCCGUUGCUUUGCCAGUCUACCUCCUUAUUACUGUAGUAAUUACUUACAUAUUGAUAUUUGGAAUUAACAUGGUGAAUACUUCUCCACUGGACUCUAUUCAUACAGUCACAGAUAACUAUGCCAAAAAUCAGCCACAGAAGAAAUCUCAAGAAAAAGCUGUUCCAGCCUUAAAGGACAUACCUAUUAGUGAAGUAAACCAAAUGUUCUUUAUUGCUGCCAGAGGACUUUACACUAAAAGCUGAAUUAUACAGAGAACAUCUCAAUCCCAAACACUCAUUUAAGAAUUUUUUGAAUAGGACCAUUUUGACUAUGACCUUCUAUUUCCCUCAAACACCUUCUAUUAAUUGAGAAGGGGAAAAGAUCCAAGUUGAAUGGAUAGAGAUGUAGCCUUUGGAGCCAGGAAAACCUUAAAUUAAGUCUCACUUCUGAGAUACUAGUUGUAUGACCCUGGGCAAAUCACUUAACUUUCCAAUGCUUUAUUUAACUCUCUAAAACUCUGUGUCACAGAGGAGGUCCAAACAGAGUUUCCUCUUCUGGGGGUACCCUAUGUCAAUUUAAAAAUGGGUCCAGUUCCUAUCCCUACCAGAUUUUUCUGGGAAGGUAUUCCAAGUAUUAGUUGAUAAAUGGAAGAAAUAAAAUACUGUAUGUCAUAUGUACUAACAAAGAAGCUCUAAUCUAAUGUUUAAUUAAAACUGUAGUUAAUGAACAA